GUCAACUUCCGCACUGCCUUCCCAAUCUCUAUUUUUGGAGAUUGCUGGCACUCAAUUGGUGUUCCGAGGUCACAGAGGGGGCUUGAAAUCAAAAUCCGCCAUCUAUUUCCCCUCGCAUCGCAACCACCUAUUAUCACACCCAUUGCCAGGCGCAGACAUGGAGCCAUCAACACAAGCCCUCCCCCCCGUCGACCUCAAGCCAUUGCUCGCAAGGCUCUGGCCAUUGGGCCACCCGGAGCCCGUGUCGCCAACGGAGAUCGCAGAAGCCAUUUCGUAUUUUUUCACGAACCAGGUCUCCGACGCCCAAGCCGGCGCCUUGUUGAUAUGUCUGCACUUCACCGGCCUCGACCGACAGGCCGAGGUACUGGCUAAGACAGCAGAGUGCAUGCUGAAGGCGGCAGCAAAGAUCGACCAGUCUGCCCUUCGAGCGGUCAUCGACGCGAGGCGCAGAAAGGAAGGUGAAUACCAGGGUGGACUCGUCGACAUCGUCGGAACCGGAGGCGACUCCCACAACACCUUCAACAUCAGCACGACCGCCUCCAUCAUCGCCUCCAGCCUCCUCCUGAUUGCCAAGCACGGCAACAGGGCCUCGACUUCCAAAUCCGGCUCCGCCGACCUGCUGAACUGCAUGCAGCCGCAGCCGCCCCGGAUCGACCGCGUCCGCCCCGACACCAUCGCCGAGCUCUACAGCAACACCAACUACGGUUUCCUGUUCGCGCCCGUCUUCCACCCGGGCAUGCGCUACGUGGCGCCGAUCCGCAAGGAGCUCCCCUGGCGCACCAUCUUCAACCUCGUCGGCCCCCUCGCCAACCCGACCGACCUCCGCUCGCCCGCCGACCUCCGGGACAACGCCGACCCACUCCUCGAGGCCCGCAUGAUCGGCGUGGCGCGCAAGGACAUCGGCCCCGUCUUCGCGCACGCGCUGCAGCUCGUCGGCGCCCGCAAGGCCCUCGUCGUCUGCGGCGACGAGGAGCUCGACGAGAUCAGCUGCGCCGGCGACACGCUCUGCUGGCGGAUCCGGCCCGCCGACGACGGGACCACCGUCACCGAGCACUUCCUGCUGCACCCGCGCGACUUCGGCCUGCCGACGCACCCGCUCUCCGACGUCUCCCCCGGCAAGGAGCCGCACGAGAACGCGGCGAUCCUACGGCGGAUUCUGGACGGCCAGAUGCCCGAGGACGACCCGAUCCUGCACUUCGUGCUCAUGAACGCCGCCGCGCUGUUCGUGGUCUCCGGCGUGUGCGAGGCCGACACGAGCGAUCUGGGACAUGGCGAUGACGGCGUCGUCAUCAAGGAGCGUGGCCCCGGAGGCGGGCGCUGGAAGGAGGGCGUACGGAGAGCGAGAUGGGCCAUCAAGAGUGGUGAGGCGGCCAGGCAGUGGGCCAAGUUUGUCCAAGUAACGAAUGGCUUCAGUGAAUGAGGUUGGCCCCCCAUGUCGGCUAGACUCAGCGCUGCAGUGUCCCGGGAAAUGAGGGUGUCUGGGCCACAGAUGGCCCUUGCGGAGUCUCGAGAACAAGUGCUCAUCAAGGAAGCAUGAAGAAAUGAGGAAAUUUCAGUCAAUUCUAUGAUAAUAAGCCACAUUCGCCCUCACGAACGACUUAUAAAAAGACUUCUUCUUUCCUCUG